AUGCUGGUGCGAAUGAGGAACAACCCGUGGCCAGGAGAUUAUAACGAGUACAAUACUAAGUUCUCCGAGAUAGUAGCACAAGGAGAAACUAUACCUGAAGAGGAACUGUUGAUGUGCUUCUUCGUGGGGUUAGCGGAGGAAAUAGGCGAAGAGCUGACUAAUAAGGGAACCAAGGAAUUUCCAAGCUGGCAGGAGGCCGCCACAUCCCUAAGGGAAUGUGCUGCGCCGUUAGAAGCUUGCCGUGCGAAGAGGCAGCGCAUGGAGGGGGAAACCAAGAAUGCGGAAAUACCGCGUCGAACGGGAACCGGCAGCACUACCAACUCGACAAGGCGGAUCCAGGAGCAUCCGGCAAGCAGACGCCCGGGGCGGCAGCCCCAAAGGCAAGUGCUGCUGCUCAGCAGUAGCUCUGAACGAGGCAACGAUAACGGGAGGGUCGCGAACGGGAACGACGGGAACGAGUGCGUGGGAAUACAUGGGAACAUCAAGGAGAGGGGACAUGAGCCGCAGGAAGGAGUGGGGCAACAGCUACGAGGACGGGGUGCCUCAGACGGGGAGGGUAGCGAGGAAGUGAUGAUGAUACCACAGUGGUUCUGGUGGCAAGAGGGAGAUGCAGUUGAGCAUGCACCGGAAUACCUGGGAUCCCUUUGUAGUGUGGGCAAAACAGCUGUGUUGCAACUCGGGAUAGUGGGACAUAUAUGUGAGGCACUCUUAGAUACAGGGGCGUCCAGAAGUUUUAUUCGCCCGACAAUCGUGGAGCGGCUAGGGUUGAAGACACGCGCUUUGCCGGAAGCGUAUUCAUUCACAAUAGCCAACGGUGAGGUUAUACACAUUGACAGAGAGGUGCCAAGGUUGUCAAUGCUCUGCGGGGGAGAGUGCUUCACCGGUGAUUUUCUUGUAGGACCAAUACCAUAUUCCGUCAUCCUAGGAAUCGACUGGCUAGUCAAUCACAAGGUGGCAUGGUACUUCCAAUCUGACAAGCUCCGGACAUACGUAAAGGGCCGAUGGUGCAAUCUGCCUGUGCUACGUAAGGGGAGUGAGCCGAUGAGAGGGGCGCUCCUCGACUCGGAACCAACCAAGACGGCGGUGGAUCACGCCUACGAUGAAUUAGCGAAGCAAGUUGCGAGAAUGACAGCGGAAGAAGCGGCAGCCUUCCUUUGCCCACCUUCCGAACGCUAUAAAACCCAGCGCCGGGCGAGGGGACGGAUAAAGGUAAAGGACAUUCUGAGGCAGGCACGGGAAGACACAGCAGUACUAAAGGGAGCCAUACAAGGACUGAACUGUGUAGUCGUUCUGCCUGCAGCAGAACCUGAUCGAGUAGUCCACACACCUAUAGAGCGACAGGGCCCGCUACUGUAUGCGAUCGUGGAACACAAAACGGCAACACACGAUGAGUUAGGAGCAGUUCCCUCCCAGCCAGAAGGCGCGACAACCGUGGAUAAGGAAGAAUCAGCGUGGCCCAAAGCCAAACUAGAGUUUACGGAAUUCGAUGCUUGGUCUAGUAGUCCUGAGGCCCUCCGUUUGCCCCCGCAGAUACUCGCGGUGCUGCGACAAUGUCGUCUCUUGUUCCCAGACAGCUUGCCUGAUUGA